CUUGUCAAACAACAGCAGAGAGGAUAGUGGCAUUGAUUGAACACGUGAAAUAGUGAAAACAGUUGCACACGUUGCUCUCCCUCUUCUCUCUCUUUCUGAUAACAAUUUACUGGUUUGUUUUUUUCUGCAGAAACAGCAGGUGGUGGAAGUUGUACUUUGUAACAAUGUUUGACCUGAAAAAGAGGAAUAGUUUGACUCUGAACAGCCGAGAGACUGAGGAGUUCAGAAGAGUGGCAGUCAGAAGGAAGGUCAAAGGUGCUGCAGUGGACUGCCUCAACUCACACACAGUAGUGAGCAGCAGUGGAGUUAGCGGCUCGUACAGCUGUGGCCAGGCUUGUGACAGAGACUGUGGAUCAGAACCAAACGCUAAACCUGGUGCCGAGGAAGACAACGAAAGAAGCCCAGCGAAAAGAUCACCUCUCAAACCACAAGUGCCUCCUAAACCAGCUCACCUCAAGAGUCCUCUGAGGGCAGGACAAGCUCAAGCCCUCAGUCCCACUACAGGAAAAUCACUACCUCAACCAGUUAACGGCACAGAGCAAGACCAGAGUCCUAACAGAGGUCACGGAGUUUCUGCUUCCUGUGUCAGCCCAGCGCAGAACUGUCUAGGCUCCCCUAGUCCAAUCAGAGGAAGAGGGAACAGUUUUUUGAAUGGAGCACAUAUCAGCCCUGCCAGACUCACUCAGGGGGUUUCUUACAUUACAAGCAGUCCACUUUUAGGAUCUCCAAGUCCAGGCAAAAGAGGCAUUCGGAGCCGUAGCCCAUCGAGGGAAGGAGGGCACAGCCCUGCUAAAUUGUCCCCGAGGAACCUCAGCCCUCUCGGAGGAUUACUGCGGACCCCCAGUCCCAUACAGGGCAGGAUGGGGAGCUACAGCCCCGCCAUGAACUCUAAAUCCUGGCUAGGACUGCACAGGAUCCCAGGCAGCAAGACAGACGGACAAGACAAGAGAGCGGGGAAGUCUUUGAGCGUGCCCGACUUGAUUGUUUACAUGGACGAGAGCAGGAUUCCCACCAAAAAAGUUGAACGCUCUCUUCUGAAAUCGCCGCAAUCCAUCAACUGCACCGUGCCAGCCAUCACCAUCAAAGCACCGGUUCACCACAGACUCAAUCAUGCCGUGAGUGAAAACCAUCUAUCGAGCAUCGGAAAAAAAGAGCACUCUCCAGGACAAAUGAACGGCGUAGUGAAGGGGAGAGAUUGCCCGGUGGUAAACGGGAAGGGAAUAAAUGACAAAACGGAAGAAGGCAAGAUGCGUAUACGAUACGGCUCCAAGUCCACCUGCCAGUGGAACGAGGCGACAACAGAAGAUGAUGGGAUUUGCAAGGAGUCUAAAGGUGAACAAAGUGAUGAGGAGACGAGGAACGAGAGAGGAGGAGAGACUAAAGAUGAAGAGAACACCGAGCAGAAGUUGUACAAUAUAGCCAAUGAACUGCUGCAGACGGAGAGACACUACGUGGCUCGUCUCCACCUGCUGGACCAGGUGUUCUGCUCACGCCUAACGGAAGAGGCGGGCCGAGGCUCGUUUCCUCCCGACGUGAUAAGAAAUAUGUUCUCCAACAUUUCCUCCAUCUACUCCUUCCACAGCCAGUUCCUGCUGCCUGACCUGGAAAGCUGCAUCAGCCACUGGUGUGAGAGCCCGGGCCUGGGUACGGUUCUGCUGCAACACGCACCCUUCCUGAGGAUGUACGCAGACUACGUCAGCAACUUUGACCAGGCCAUGGAGCUGGUGAGGACCUGGACUGAACGCUCCUCUGCCUUCAGAAACAUCGUCCAGGACAUACAGAGUCAGGAGGUGUGUGGCAGCCUGACCCUGCAGCACCACAUGUUGGAACCGGUCCAGAGGGUUCCACGCUACGAGAUGCUGCUCCGGGAUUACUUGAAGAAACUGCCCAAGGAUAACCCAGAUUAUGAUCUUGCUCACAAGUCCUUGCAGACCAUUUCCAUGGCAGCCACCCACUCAAACAGCGCCAUCCACAAAGCUGAGAGCCUGAAGCGGCUGCUGGAGAUCUACGAGAUGGUCGGAGAGGAGGAGGUGGUCAACCCGACCAACGAGUUCCUCAGGGAAGGUCGUCUGUUCAAGCUUGCUGCCAGGAACGCAUCUGCCAUGGAGAGGCACCUAUUCCUGUUCAACAACUUCCUGCUGUGCUGCAAUCCAAAGUUCAGCCUAGUUGGGCAGCGUUUUACUGUCCGCUGCAGGAUCGGAGUGGAUGGCAUGGAGGUGCAGCAGACCACCAAUGAAGACCACCCGUACACCUUCCAGGUCUCUGGAAAGGAGAAGACCCUUGAGUUGCAGACCAGCUCUGAACAAGACCGAGAUGAGUGGAUUAAGGUAAUUCAGCGAGCCAUUGAUGUGUUUCAGAAGAAAAAUGAAACCUUCAAAUUGGCUUCUAAGGAGCUGAAUGUAGAAGAACCAUCCGAGGAACUCGGCCGACGCGCCCCUCGCUGGAUCAGGGACAACGAGGUGACCGUGUGCAUGAAAUGCCAGGAGCCUUUCAACGCACUCACCAGGAGAAGACAUCACUGCAGAGCCUGUGGCUGCGUGGUGUGCUGGAAGUGUUCAGACAAUAAAGUGGCUUUAGAGUACGACGGCAACAAGCUGAACAAAGUGUGUAAAUCCUGCUACUCCAUCCUGACCGAGAGGGUGGAGGGAAAGAAGAGGAGGACACUGGAGUCGGAGGUAUCUGCAGUGUCUAGUGACUGCGUAAUGAGUGGCUUCCUGCUGUAUGGUGACAACCCCAACACCUGGCAACACGUAUGGUCUGUUAUCCCCCUGACUGAACCUCUGGUCCUCCAGCUGUACACCGCUCCUCAGGAUGUGAAGCCCGUGUCCACUAUACCUCUACUGGGCAGCAGUGUGGAGGAUUCCCCCGAGGAUCUCCAGGGUCAGCCUUGUUUCUGUUUAAGACAAUCUAAAAGCACCCACACUUUCUUCUGCGCCGGCUCGGGUCUCAAACAGAGCUGGCUGACUGCUCUGAAAGAUGCUGCGACCGACAGGCAGUGCACACUCGAUGGCUAUGACAUCAUCACCAAUGGCUCCAGAUGUUACGUUAAUGGUAACGUCAGUGACGGAAGUGUCUCUAGUGGUGAGGAAUUUAUCAUCAUUGGACACCAGGAAUACCACUGCUGAAUGUUUGAGAAGACGGCCACGCAACAGAUGUUGAGCUUUGAACUGAACAUUUUAUAAAAUGAAUGAAAUCUAGAAUCAGGAAUGUAAAAGUUGUUAAUAAGAAUAUUCAGACUGAGAAGUGUGUUUUUCCUUCCAAGUGGCGAUGCACUUUAUUUCUGAAAUGGUUUUACAGUAAAAUAAAUAAAGUGAAGGUGUUUUAACAUGA